AUGCCAUCCAGUUUAGAGAAUGUUUAUAUACCGCGGAGCUUUGAGCUUCCUAGUCUUUCCGCGAAAGGGUCAUCGAUUCCAACAGGAAUGAAGGAUGAAUUCCUGCUCCUAUCAUGGCUUAUUGUUCUUUUGAGAGUAAAGGAAGACAGGCAAGCUAGCUAUGGCUGGAUAUAUCAAACACGAGGGCCUGAGGUCGAGCGCGAAUUGGUCAGGGGGGAACUCUCAACGAAUGGAGUAUUGGAGAACUUGAAAAGCACCGUUGGCCAAGCUGCCGCUGCCAUCUCCAAGUAUAUGACUAGCGCCAUAUCACAGUCUCAUGAGGGAUAUUCGACUCCCGUUUCUCUCUUACUGAGUACAGAAUGCCGGCUCAAUGAGAACAGCAAGCCUAAAGAUGAGAGUACCCUAUACCUCGAAACAUAUUAUAUGAAUGGCCAUCUCUGGAUAUGCCCCGCGCGCACCCCCAAAAAUGUUUCAACAUAUGUAAUAACGCAGUAUGUCGAAGCAUUGAGCCAUACCAUCAGAAUGUGCAUCUCAAACCACGAUGCGGUCAUUGAAGACUUUCUUGAUCCAUUCGCGCACGAUAUGGAUCAAAUAUGGCAGUGGAAUCAUUUGCUUCCCCAGACGUAUGACUGCUGUAUGCACGAUAUAGUUUCUGGACAAGCUCAAGAGUCCCCAGACAAGGUGGCCAUUCUAUCUUGGGACGGCAGCUUGACUUAUGCCCAGGUUGAUCGAUACUCGUCUCUUCUGGCCUUUUUGCUCAGGGAACGGGGUGUUGAGGCACAAGAAUUCCUUCCACUGUGCUUUGAAAAGUCAAAAUGGACUGUUGUUGCUGUGCUGGCUGUGAUGAAAGCCGGAGGAACAAUGGUGCUUAUGGACCCAGCACUUCCGGUUGCGCGCUUACGAAACAUGGCAGAACAAGUUAAUGCAAAGACAAUGGUUGUCUCUCGAAAGCAGUACAACUUGGCUACAGAAAUCCUCCUACAUGGGGAUUUUCUUAUUUUGGAGGAAGAUACAUUUGCUCGCUUUGCAGAUUUAGUACCCUUUCCCGAUCUCCCGGCUGUGCAUCCUUCCACGCUCAUGUACAUCAUCUUCACAUCUGGAAGCACGGGCACUCCCAAAGGUGUGCAAAUAUCCCAUCGCAGCUAUUCCAGCAGUGCUUUCCCUCGGGCUAAAGCAGUUGGCUACAACAAAUCUUCCAGAGUUCUCGAUUUCGCAUCCUACGCCUUCGAUGUUAGUAUUGACAGCAUGAUACUGACAUUGGCUAACGGUGGCUGUCUCUGCAUUCCAUCGGAUGAAGACAGACUCAACGACAUAAAUACAGCCAUGCGAAAUAUGGAAGUGAAUUACGCGGGUCUCACCCCUUCAGUUGCUCGAAUACUAGACUUGGACGUCAUUGCGUCUCUCGAAGGACUAGGUCUUGGGGGUGAAGCGGCUUCCAUCAGUGAUGUUACGCUCUGGGGCCAAUAUGCUAGGAUUAUCAUAGGAUAUGGGCCCUGUGAAUGCACCAUUGGCUGUACUGUGAAUAGCAAUGCAGCUGCGAAUCGGGACUACAUCACUAUUGGGCCAGGCAAUGGCGCCGCUAUUUGGAUCGUCGACCCGGAUGACCACGAGUCACUGAUGCCAGUAGGCGCAGUGGGUGAGCUGCUUGUGGAAGGCCCGAUUGUCGGGCAAGGCUAUCUUAAUGAUCCCGAAAAGACUGCCGCUGCUUUCAUUCAAGAUCCGUCCUGGCUUGUAUCAGGCUACGGCCAACAUAGCGGCCGCCAAGGUCGUCUGUACAAGACUGGAGAUCUUGGAAAGUAUGCCCCUGACAGUUCUGGCGAGAUCAUCUUCAUGGGCAGGAAAGACACUCAGGUCAAGUUGCGUGGCCAGCGGGUUGAGUUGGGAGAAAUAGAGAGCCAACUGAAAGCUAGGCUGCCUUCAGAGACCAGCGUGAUAUCUGAGGUAAUUACGCCAGCUGGAUCCGCGGCCCAACCGACUUUAGUGGUAUUCAUUGCACAACAGGUCGGAAAGGCAAGCGAAAAUCGCCAGUUGGAAUCGGUGGGCCUCUCUGGAGAUUUGGGCGAAACGCUGUCGAAAGCUAAUACCGAGGUGGCAAAAGUAUUGCCUCGGUAUAUGAUUCCAACCGCAUACAUAUCGAUCAACUAUAUUCCAACAUUGAUAUCAGGCAAAAUUGACCGAAAGCGGUUGAGAGAAUUUGGUUCCAAAGUGGACUUGAGGAACCUUGAUAAAAACACGAAGAGCACAGCAACUCGAGCGCUCAGUGACCUUGAACAACGCCUACGACAUGCUUGGGCUUUCAUCUUAAAGUUGAACCCAGACGAUAUCACCCAAGAGGACAAUUUCUUUGCGUUGGGUGGCAAUUCUUUGGCAGCUAUGAGAUUAGUGUCUACAUGUAGAGAUCGAGGGUUGGAUCUCAGCGUAACUGGAAUGUUUGCUAACCCAACUCUUUCGGAAAUGGCAAAUGCUGUCUUCAUAUGCGAUUACGACGCGAGUGUCACAGUUCCGGAGUUCUCCAUGAUAUCUCAGCUUGCUGACAGCGCCCGACUCGAAGCAUCGCGCGUUUGUGAGACAGAUGAUGCCGCUAUUGACGAUAUUUAUCCCUGUACUCCAACGCAGGAAUCUUUGUUUACGUUUUCUCUCAAAUCGACUGAACCUUACAUCGCCCAGCGGGUUGCUUGCAUUCCGCCUAAUGUAAACUUGGAAAAAUGGAAACUGGCAUGGGAGUCGGUUGUUGAUGCAACCCCCAUCUUACGCACACGCUUAGCCCAGCUCCAAGAUCCUGGGCUUCAGCAAGUUGUUCUCAAGGAAAAGAUAUCGUGGAAACAUUCUACAGAUCUUGAUCAGUAUCUUGUCGACGAUAGAGCCCUCAGGAUGGAUCUUGGGCAAAGUCUCGCUCGAUAUGCUAUUGUGGAUAACAAUGGAGAUGGUAAGCGAUAUAUGGUUUGGACUGUUCAUCACGUACUCUACGAUGGAUGGUCAGAGCCGAUCAUACUUGAAAAGGUUCGCGAAGCAUUGCAGGGCGGAAGUGUUUUGUCUCACCAGCCAGCACUCGCAAGUAUGCGAGACUUUGUCAAGUAUGUUCGUGACACAGAUCAGAUUGCGAUGCAAGAGUUUUGGAGGAGAGAACUUGAUGGUGCAAUAGGUGCUCAAUUCCCUCGCCUACCAGCCAGAGAUUUUUUACCAAAUCCGGAUACCAUGUUUGAGUAUCAAAUAACCAUAAAGUCAACUAUCGGCUUUCCAUUUACCCUAGCGACCGUUAUCCGUGGGGCAUGGGCCCUAGUUGCUUCACAGUAUACUCAGAGCGAUGAUGUCGUCUUCGGAGAGACACUCACGGGUCGAGACAUUCCACUGCAUGGCGUGGAAGGUGUUGUUGGUCCAUUGAUUGCUACUGUACCUAUCCGAAUACGCAUUGACAGGAAAAGAUCCAUCAAUGAUUAUUUGAAGGCUGUUCAGCAAGCUAUUCUCGCUCGUACUCCAUAUCAACACAUGGGCAUGCAAAACAUCAGAAAGGUUCACCCAGAUGCCCAACAUGCAUGCGAAGCAGGAACAGGCCUGGUUAUACAACCGGAACUAGAGUACGACGGCACCGACCUUGGUUUUGCCCACGGAGAUGUUGUUCGAGAAGCGCUACAUUUCAACCCUUAUCCACUUAUGCUAGCAUGCGGUAUGAACUCUGAUGGAUUCAGGAUUUGUGCAAACUUCGACAGCAGCCUGAUAGAUCUCAGCCAGAUGAAACGAAUGCUGGCACAACUAGAGACAGCUUGUUCACACCUUAUGAGUGAUCUCAGCAGAAGGGUCGACCAGAUAUCUUGCCUCCCAGAAGCUGAAUUGAAUCAUAUUUGGCGCUUCAAUCAAACCCCACCGUUAUCUUUUGAUCAGGCUUCAGGGAGGUGCAGAGCAGGCGCGGAAAUACAGCCAGGAUCUGAAUAUCCUCCAUUUCUAGUUCCUUGGGUAUGCAUUCCACGAAACCCGUCCCUUUUAUCGCCCAUCGGUUGCCUCGGCGAACUUUGGCUUGAAGGACCACUUUUGCCCUCUGCUGAGGCGAUCGAGUCUCCUGCAUGGCUCUUAGCUGGGAGCUCUCAGUUCCCCGGCCGAUCAGGCCGAAUUCGAGCGACAGGAGACAUGGUACAGCUACAAGAGGAUGGUAAACUAGUGUUUGUGGGUCGAGCUGAAAACAUUGUACCUGUCAAUGGCCAUUCAGUGGACAUCACAGACUUUGAGACACAUUUCACCCAGUUACUGCCGCCAUCUGUCCUUGCUGCUGCGGCAUUAUAUCACCCAUCAAAUAUUGAGAAAAAGCAGACUUCAGAUGAAGGGCUGAUUGUGUUUAUAGAACAACAGCCCUUGGAGAAGGACGGUGUUGAGUUGCUACCAAAAGAGUGCCGAGUGAGUUGUGAAGUGCCUGGCUCACAACCCUUUGAAACUGCUAUCUGUGCAACUAUAUCUGCCAACUUUGCUGGGGUAUUGAAAAAAUUUGACAAAAACAUUCGGAAUUCUUUGCCGUCGCACAUGGUACCUUAUGCGUACGUCGUUGUAGAGAAAAUGCCCAUCGCACGGGGGCAAAUCGAUCACAGCUUGGUCAAUCAGCUUGCGUCCAAAAUCUCUCAGAAUAUAGCUUCUCAGCUACGCGAAAGUCUUACGAAAGAAUGGGCGAAAAUAGUAAGCCCAGUAAAUCUCACGGUGUCGCAAAAUAUCCUGCGAUCCGCGUGGGCAAAAGUACUUAAUGUCAAUCCGGACCAAAUUGACGUUGACGACAACUUCUUCCGUCUAGGCGGUGAUUCAGUGUCAGCUAUGAAACUGACGUCGAAUCUGCGUAAGCAGGGACAUGGAAUGAGUGUAGCAGAUGUAUUUCGACACAUGCGCCUUGGCGACGCUGCCACAGUUUUAAAGGUUGACGAACUGCCCAAGGAAGAUACAGCGUCCUACAGAGCUUUUUCAAUGAUGGGUUCUAUCGACGUAGAUCUCUUUCUGUCGGAAUGUAUCCGCCCAAAGCUUGCUAAUCCAAAUUGGAGCAUCAAAGAUGUAUUCAACGUGACGGAUUCACAGGCAUUGGACGUUGGAGCAACUAUUCAAAGGCCACGCACAUCCAUACAGUACACGAUGUUGUACUUUGACCGGGACUCAAUAGGCCAAACUAAACUGCUGCGGGCUUGUGCAAAUCUUGUCAAAACUCAUGACAUUCUGCGCACAGUAUUUGUCGAGCACAACUCAACCCUAUUUCAGGUUGUCUUGGACGAAAUUGACAUUCAAGUGACGAUGGAGACGACAGACGCAAACCUUGAUGAGUUUGUCACAAAUCUUUGCAAUAAUGAUGUCGAGUCCGAUUUUCUUCUUGGAUCGCCUUUCAUCAGGAUGUUUUAUAUCCAAACCCUAGAUGGCCAAGGGUGCCUUGUCCUAGGCUUAUCUCACGCACAAUACGAUGGAGUAUCGCUGCCUCGAUUGCUUCGAGAUUUAGAAACGUUAUACACUGAAAAGGAAGUUGUAAACUUUGAACCUUUCAGCUCUUAUAUGGCACGAAUCCGGAACGAGGGAAUGCAAAAAAGAGCGCUGGACUAUUGGAGUAAUCUUCUGAGUGGCUCAAAGCUUUCAAUUCUUCCUGGAAAAUCGACAGCAAAUACAGACAGAGCUGUAUUCUUAUCAAGACAAACUGAUGUCUCCAUGGCACCUGAGGGCAUUACCACGGCCAGUAUGCUCACUGCAGCAUUUGCUCUGGUGAUAGCUCGUAGACUUCACAGGUCAGACGUCUCUUUUGGAGGAGUAACAUCUGGUCGAAACAUUGGCCAACCGAACACAGAGAAUGCAAUGGAGUGGUCCUCAGGAGCAAACUUUUUUGAUUCCAUUGUUCACCAUCAAGAUUUUGAGGAUUUUGAUUAUAUGCCUUUUGCCAAUAGAAGUUGCAGAGUCAAUAUUCUCAACCCACAUGGCGACGCAGCCUAUCCUCUUAAGGCAGUCUCUUUCCUUAAAGAGGGGAAAUUAAACGUUGGACUAGUUGGAAGCCAGGUAGAUUUGGCUUUUAUUGAAUCUUUACUAAUGGAAUUAGUAAAUGCAGUGGAGGAGCUUAAAGGACAACAAAACACAGUUUUACUAGUCUGA